AGUUUGCCUUCUGACGUUCCUUAAGUCCCAAGAGACAUCGAUAGAUUCAGUGCUCGCACAGAACAAUUUUUUUUUUUCCCUCUGUUCGAAUCUAUCGUCGCGAAUUGCAGAGAUGGCCACCGCUAUGCUCGGAUCCACCGCAAUCGCCACCCCCGCUGCCUUGGCAGUCCGGGACCUGAAGGUUGCCGUGAACGGACAGAGCUCCGUCUCGUGCGUCGCCAAGAAGAGCUUCGUCGUCAGCGCCAGCUCCAAUGUCGAGGAGACCAGCAGCCGAAGGGACAUCAUGAAGAUGGCCGCUGCCAUGUUCGCCGUCGGUGCUUUCUCCGGUGUCGGUUCCGCCAAGGCUUCCCUCACCUCCGACUUGCUCGCCAAGUCGACUGCCAACAAGGAAUUGAACGACGCCAAGAGACUUGCCACCAGCGGUGCUAACCUUGCCCGAUCAAGGACCGUCGCUGACGGUACCUGCUUGUUCCCCAACAACUUCACCGGAUGUGAAGAUCUCGCCAAGAAGCAGGAAGUCAAGUUCUUGACGGAGGACAAGCAGCUCGAAUGCCAGGGUAAGGAGGCCUACAAAUGCGCUUCCAACAGCCACUACACUGGACCCAAGUGAAGGCUUUUAGGUUCCUCUCUGUACAUCGGACUUAGACCAACAUUAGCGUUGUACCAUUGCAAUGUGCAUACUUUGUACUUUAAUUUGACGACUUCGAAGUGCUCGAACGUAAUCUGGUGAAAAACUCACGAGUACAAAACUCACUCAUGUUCCAUGCCGUGCGCGUGUAUUUCGCUGAUAUUGGAUUCCUUUCACUACAGCUGAUUCCU